AUGGAGAAGAUCUGGCAGCACACUUUCUACAACGAUCUCAGAAUUGCACCAGAAGAGCAUUCAGUCUUCUUGACUAAAGCCCCAACGUACCCAGAGCUAACAAAUAAAAGAAGACACAAUUUAUACUGUCCUUACAUUUCAUUCAAACUUUCAAAUGGUCAAGUCAUCACCAUUGGAAACAAGAGAUUCAGAUACCCAAAAGCACUCUUCCAGUCAUCAUUCCUUGGUAUGGAAGCAUCAGGUAUCCACGAGACAACUCACAACUUAAUCAUGAAGUGUGAUGUUGAUACCAGAAACAAGUUAUAUGAAAACAUCGUCUUUUCAAAUGGAACAUCAAUGUACUCAGUCAUUAACAACAGACUAGAGAAGGAGAUGGUUGCCCUGCACCAUUAA